CUCCUUCUGUAGGCUUGCAUAACAGUUUGCCACCCCCACCUUAUUCUUCAACCUAAAACCACCAUUUCUGCUUCUCCCGUCUCCACCAAGUACUUCUAUUUUCUCUUUCUCCACCGCCGGUAACUUCCUCGGCUGGCCACCUGAACAACAAUCGGCGUCUUAAACCCUCAACCCAACUGUCAAAACCCUAAAAAGGUAUGGACUUCCAACAUCAGCAUCCGUACAAUCGACCACCACCACCACCACCGCCGUUACCACCGCCGUCCAUGGCGGAUCCCCACUAUCAGCUCCCGCAUUCUCAACGACCACCGGUCCCGUCACCUGGUUCAUGGUACACAAACCAAUUCCAAUACCACCCACCCCCUCAGCAAUCUCCCCCUCCUCCUCCUCCUCCUCCUCAGCUGCAGCAGUGGGGUCCACCCCCUCCCCCCCCUCCUCCAUUUCCUGGACCUCCUCAGGGAGCUUAUCCACACCAUCAUGUACAACAACAGGCCCAGUAUCCACCUCCUCUUCCCCCGCGCCCGCAUAUUCCCCAAUCUUCUCCUCAUGGAAAUCAGGACUGGGGCAGUAUGAACUGGGGUCAACAGCAAAAUUGGGGAAACUCAGUAGCACCUAGCAAUGAAGAUUGGGCUGCAAAGGCCCGAGCAUGGGCUGCUGACAAGGCUGCUAAUGACCAUCAGCACCAGAACUCGCAAUUUACGCAUGAUAGCAGGCCAGAACAGCAGAGUCAUUACUAUGAGCAAUACACUCAAUCUGCUGAUCAACAUCUCCAAGACAUGCAACAACCACCAGUUCUGCCGUCAAGUAAUCAUCACUCCAUAACUCCUGUGGCACCUCCUCAGAGGCCAUCGUUUGGCCAUUUGCAGGAGCCCUCAUUCUUCAGCCCUGGGCAAUCUCCUUAUGUUCUACCUUACACUGCAAGAGAUGGAAAUUUCACUGGAGAUUCAGUUGCUUCAUUCCCCCAGCAAGGAAACUCAUCCAUAAGUCCAUUAGUCCAUCAGCAGGAGGUACCUUCUAGUUAUUCUUCUAUUGCAGGUAAAGAAGAGGCUGGGAAUCAACAUGAGGCGUUCUAUGGUUCUUCACCUUUGCCUGCCAACUCUUCACAUCAUCAUCAUGCACAACUAAUGCCAGCACCCAAUAAAGCUGCAGCGAUGGAAGAGCGUCAUUACGUGAUGGGUCCUGAUCUUAGUGAUCAGCCUUUGGAUUUUGCACCUCGUUUUAGUCAUGAGCAUGACCGGCAUUCCCAGCCCUAUUAUGUUCGUGCUGAUUCAGGAGGUUCUGAUCCUGUUUCAACAAUGCCUUCCAAUUAUGUGUGGCCUUCUUCUGCUGCUCCUGGUUCUGCGUAUCCUCCUCUUCCUCCAAUGCCUCCAGUUGGGUCUCAGGUUGAUCCUUCUGUUGUUGGAGCUUCUCCAGCCACUGAACAUACUGCAUCACUCUUUGGAAGGGCACAGGGUUCAAGCUUCCAUCCAACUGUCCCGUCAGUUGGUGCACAUUUUGGUGUUGGUGCGGGGGCCGCUCUGCAUCCUGCAGCUGCUUUUCCUGCUGAUGCAUAUGGGAUUUCUGAUCGCCCUAAGAAGGCUGCUGUUCCAAACUGGCUUAGAGAGGAAAUAAUAAAGAAGAAAGCUGUCAUCACAACUUCAGCUGCAGAGCUUCCAAAGGAGGAUUCUCAAUCUAUUGAAGAUGAAGGUGUCAAUAAAUCUUAUCGGAAAGGUGACCAGGCUGAUAGCAAAAGCAUCGAUUCUUCAAGGUCAACCGAGGAUGAUGAUGAUGAUGAGGUUGAGGUGGAAGCAGCACGAACUGCAGCAAUGAAUCAAGAAAUAAAGCGUGUCCUAACUGAAGUUCUUUUAAAGGUUACUGAUGAGCUAUUUAAUGAGAUUGCGACAAGGGUUCUUAGCGAAGAGGAUCUCACUGUUGAUGUUGAGCAAAAAACUGGUGCUUCAAGUCAGAAGGUGUUAACAUCUGUUCAAGCUGUUACAACUCCCAAGGCCUCUGCCAAGGUUCUGAUACCACUCAAACCUAAAGAUACUCAUUCUGUUAAUGCCAGUGAAAAGUCUACUUCCACUUCUCCUGGGGAUCUAUUAGGCCUUGCUAACUAUGCGUCAGAUGAUGAGGAUGACAACGAAAUCCAGAGUUCUGAUAAGCAAAAGCGCAAAGAGCAUGGAAAUGGAAAAUCACGUGAAGAAUCCGAGGAGCAUGAUAGGUCUCCUGCCAACCUGGAGAAAAAUCCUCACAAAAUGAGUCCCAAUGUUGGCACCGAUGACAGGUCAACUAGAUAUUCUGCACAUGAAGAUGCUGGAGGCUCCUUUAAGACUGAAUCUAGAGUUCCAGAGGAUAAGAUGCCAGGUGGGAAGGAUGCUGUGAAAACUGAAAAGCCAUCCCAGACUCUUGACUGCAAAAAGACUAAGAUAGAUAAUUCCAGAAGUGAAGACAGAAGAGAUAAGCCAGAUAAGAGCGGUAAACGUGAAGUUAGAAAGGGUUCUGGCACAAAUGAUAAUGGUAUGUAUACAAGCUCAAAGGACAGAAAAACUGAGAUAGAUGAAGGAAACCAUGGGAAUCAUGAGGAAAGACUUGCUAGAAAGGAAAAAGUGGGUGAUCUAGAUGGUUCAAAAGAUAUUGUGAAGGAGAAAAGCCGUAAGUCAGGGGAAAAAGCCAAGGAAUCUGACUCAAGGAAAAGGCCCUCGCCCUCUAAUGUCAAGGAAGAAAGGAAGGAAAAAGAAAAAGACAGCAGAGCUGGUGUUGUCAUAGAUAAUGGUAGAAAAAGAGAGAGAACGAAGGAUGAAAAAAGAGAAAAAUCUAGACGUAAAGAUGAAAGGGGCUCCAGCAGACGUAAAAGACAUCGUUCAUCUUCUAAUGAUAGCAGGGGUAGAGAGAGCAAGGACAAGUCAACCCGUGCCAAUGAUCCCAGUGAUGAAUCUUCAGAUGAUUCUAGAAGGAAGGCGCAACCAAAUAGACACAGAUCACCAUCACCACUCAGGUCAAGGAAAAGACACAUUUCGCGGUCUCCUCAUAGCAAGCACUCUCAGCGCAGGCGUUCUCCUUACCCUGCUAGUGAAAGCAUCAGGGGAAGGAGGUCAAGGUCGAGAUCAAGAUCAAGGUCUCCCAAUCGCAGGAAAAGAUGAGCACACAAGUACCUGGAGUCAAGACAGAGUACUUAAGGCUAAUGACCUUGCAUAUUCUUAUUGGCUACCGCCUUUGGCUGUUAAGUAGAUAGUGGAUGCACCAGUUGACCUGUUCGAAAUCCUCUGUACUGCCUUUGGCUGUUAAGUUUGACAAUAGAUAUGCAAGUUGACCUAUUAAAAUCUUGGUUUCAGAUUGUGGUUGACAGGAGUAAAGCUGCGAUACUCUCGUGCAGAGGACUAAUGAUAUGAGAGAUUUAUGGUGCCUGUAUCUAUUAUCAGCUUGUCUGUUGUUGACAUUUGUGACAGUUUUAGUUAUGAUAUUGAGGUUGAUAAAUUUUGUUAGCUGUACAUUGUAUUUGGAGGUUGAGGUGUGUCUAAAGAAGAGGUGAACCAACACUUGAACAUCCAUGACCUUUUUCCAUUUGGUACUAGUAUUC